AUGACUUCUCCUUCGACAAUCCGGCAGAGAUUCCUCUCCAAGCCCAACCAGCUGGGCGUCGUGGCCGUUGGUUUCAAUGGCGGGCAGUGCAAGAUGGGCGUCGAAGCAGCCCCGAUGGCUCUCGUUCAAGCCGGUCUGCUCGAGCAACUGCGCGACGAUCUGGGCUACGAAUUGCACUAUGACGAGAAGGUCCACCACUACGAAGAUAAGAUGCCCGAGUCCGACCCCGACCACCGCGGCAUGAAGAAGCCCCGGUCGGUCAGCGCCGUUACCGAGUCGCUGAGCGCCCAGGUCUACGAGCACGCCAAGGAGGGCAAGUUCGUGCUGACCCUGGGUGGUGAUCACUCCAUCGCUAUCGGUACCAUCUCCGGCACGGCCAAGGCGAUUCGUGAGCGACUGGGUCGUGAAAUGGCUGUCAUCUGGGUGGAUGCGCACGCUGAUAUCAACAUCCCUGAGAUGAGCCCUAGUGGUAACAUUCACGGUAUGCCCAUGGCGUUCUUGACGCGCUUGGCUCGUGAGGAACAAAAGGACAUCUUCGGCUGGCUGCAGGAUGAGCACAUUGUCAACACCCGCAAGCUGGUGUACAUUGGUCUUCGGGAUGUGGAUCGCGGUGAGAAGCAGCUGCUUCGUGAGCAUGGCAUUAAGGCGUUUAGCAUGCAUGAUGUUGAUCGGUACGGCAUUGGCCGCGUGGUCGAAAUGGCCCUGGCGCACAUUGGCAAUGACACACCGAUCCACCUGUCGUUCGACGUGGACGCGCUGGACCCGCAGUGGGCGCCUAGCACGGGUACCCCUGUGCGUGGUGGACUGACGCUGCGCGAGGGUGACUUCAUCUGCGAGUGUGUGCACGAGACGGGUAACCUGGUGGCGAUGGAUUUGGUGGAGGUGAACCCCAGCCUGGAGGAGCAUGGCGCUAGCGACACCAUUCGGACGGGAUGUUCGAUUGUCCGGAGUGCCCUGGGAGAUACCUUGCUGUAA